UUGCGGGGGCGGGGGUCGGGGUCGGCGGCCGCCGCCAUGCUGAGCCGCAGCUCGUUCACCAGCCUGGUGGUGGGGGUGUUCGCCGUCUACGUGGCGCACACGUGCUGGGUGAUGUACGGCAUCGUCUACACGCGGCCCUGCCCGGCGGCGGGAGGCGGCGGCGCGGCGGCCGGCUGCGUCUGGCCUUACCUGGCGCGGCGGCCCAAGCUGCAGUUAAGCGUGUAUACUACCACGCGGUCAAGCAUCGGUGCUGAGAGUAAUAUAGAUCUGGUUUUGAACGUGGAGGAUUUUGAUAUUGAGUCCAAAUUUGAAAGGACAGUGAAUGUCUCUGUACCAAAGAAAACACGAAAUAAUGGCACGUUAUAUGCAUAUAUAUUUCUUCACCAUGCUGGCAUUUUGCCUUGGCAUGACGGUAAGCAGGUCCAUAUAGUAAGCCCUCUGACCACGUACAUGGUACCUAAACCAGAAGAGAUUAAUUUGCUCACUGGAGAAUCAGCCACACAGCAAAUUGAAGCAGAAAAACAGACCAAUGCUCUAGACGAACCUGUCUCUCACUGGAGAUCAAGAUUAACCUUGAAUGUCAUGGUGGAAGAUUUUGUGUUUGAUGGAUCAUCCCUUCCUGCUGAUGUUCACCGUUACAUGAAGAUGGUUCAGUUGGGGAAGACAGUGCAUUACCUUCCAAUAUUAUUUAUUGAUCAGCUAAGCAACAGAGUGAAAGAUUUGAUGGUUAUAAAUCGUUCAACAACAGAGCUACCUCUUACGGUGUCAUAUGACAAAAUAUCUCUUGGAAAGCUCCGGUUUUGGAUCCACAUGCAGGACGCCGUGUACUCCCUCCAACAGUUUGGGUUUUCAGAAAAGGAUGCAGAUGAAGUAAAGGGAAUUUUUGUUGACACUAACCUGUACUUUCUGGCUUUGACAUUCUUCGUAGCUGCAUUUCAUCUUCUCUUUGAUUUUCUUGCAUUCAAAAAUGACAUCAGUUUUUGGAAGAAAAAGAGGAGCAUGAUUGGGAUGUCUACAAAAGCAGUGCUUUGGCGGUGCUUUAGUACUGUGGUAAUAUUUCUUUUCCUUUUGGAUGAACAAACAAGUUUAUUGGUACUGAUCCCAGCAGGCAUUGGUGCAGUGAUUGAGCUCUGGAAAGUGAAGAAAGCUUUGAAAAUGACAAUCAAGUGGCAAGGCGUGAGACCCAAAAUUCAGUUUGGUACAUACAAUGACUCUGAAAGGAAAACUGAGGAGUAUGAUACCCAGGCUAUGAAAUACUUGUCAUAUUUGCUUUAUCCACUAUGUAUUGGAGGUGCAGGUUACUCCUUGCUGAAUGUCAAAUACAAAAGCUGGUACUCCUGGUUGAUUAACAGCUUUGUCAAUGGAGUGUAUGCUUUUGGAUUCCUGUUUAUGCUGCCCCAGCUGUUUGUAAACUACAAGAUGAAAUCUGUUGCACACUUACCAUGGAAGGCUUUCACAUACAAAGCAUUCAACACCUUUAUUGAUGAUAUAUUUGCUUUUAUCAUCACUAUGCCAACAUCUCAUAGGCUGGCGUGCUUUAGAGAUGAUGUCGUGUUCCUGGUCUAUCUUUACCAAAGAUGGCUUUAUCCUGUGGAUAAGAGCAGAGUGAAUGAGUAUGGAGAAUCUUACGAAGAAAAGCCAAAAAAAAAAGCUCAUAGAGAAUAAUUAAGAAUUGAAGAAGAUUCUGACCCCUGGACUCUUACUGACUUCAUGUAUUAUCUGGUCUUAAGGAAGGAAAAACUUAUUUAAUAAGAGUAUUUUUAAAGCUUAUGACAGAACUACAUGGACAAUACAUCUUCUAUAUUGCCAAAAUCUAGUUUUGAUAUCCUCCUAUUUCAAGAUCCUCUUUCGUCUUCACAAGGUCCACAGUCUGCCAGGUGUCAUUAAGUAAACUUCCUGCAUUUAAACUUCUCUUUGCUGAAAACCUAAGUGUACUGACCACUGAAAUUAAUAUCCAAGUCUAUGUUUUUAAAUCAACUCACUAACUGGAAGUGUGAUGCCUGUACCACUAGGCUAUGAAAAGUGGAAAAACAAGCCAUUGUGUUACAACAGAAUCAAGCAUUAUUGCAAAACUCGAGGCUGUCAAAAAUAAAAUAUAUAAUAUUGGAUUAUAUGCUAAUUACAAAUCAUUCUCAUUUGAGAAUGGAAAUACUAGAAAUCAUGAUUAAAUUUGUAAGUUGUACAUGGGCAUUUUAAGUUCAUAACUUAAAAAAAAAUGUUUUGAAAUACAGGGAGAGAAAUGGGGUUGUUAAAAAUCAAGUUCAUGGCAGAGGGUUUCACUUGUCUUAAACUGAACAAAGAUGUAAAAUAAGUGUGAUAUGAUUUCCUUCAAUAUGUAUCAAAGUUUAUAUAAACCCUUCUGCAUUGUUGACAAACUGGAUUUCUUGGCAUAGCAGGUCUUCAUAUAAUGCAAAUCAUUGUUAUGUGCUAGGAAAGUCUCUUAGCACAUCUUAAAUUAUUCACCACGUGAUACUCAGUGACCUACUGGACCAAUUCUCUUACAUUUCACAGGGAAUAAUUCCUUGGUCUUUCCCCUCACCCUCUCUGCCCCCGUCUAUUUAUAAGACAAAGCAGCCAUCAUUCAAGCAGAAUGAUUUUGUUCAAAUACAAUACAGGUUCAACAUACUACCUGGAGACAGAAGAAAAAGAAAACAGCCUGGUGAAGAACAAGUAUCUUUCACACAAUUUAAAAUCCAUAUUCCAUGGGAACAGUUCAUUGAGGGAGGUAUUUUGAUCUGUUUCUUUUAAAUGAGUAAAAAUCAUCAGGUUGAAUUAUUAUACUAAAAUUCAAACUUCACAGCUAUUUCUAGAAAUAAUGGUUCUAGAUUUUUUAAGUAAGUUUCUCAGUAAGUGAAAUAAAGUGCAUUCCUUUCAGCAGCAAAUAAAGUGGAAUUUGAAAAUAUCCAAAAGGCAGAAAUCUAGUUUCCAAUUUGAGUUUUGUUUUGGUCAGUAAGUUUACAAAUUAACCCCAAUGAUUUGUAAGUUUCUUUAUUAAAUUGCAUGCUGUUUGUGCAAUGCUAUUUAAUUUUAGUGUCGUUGAUUGAAAACAGUAAUUGAAUAACCUUUUGAAUUGAAGAACACAGAUCUACUCCUACAGUCUGUAACUACUUUAUGAAGUGUAUUUUAUCCAGUGCUGAUUCUGCAGAAGUCUGAACAUAGAAAUACUUGGGUCCCAAAAACAUACAGAAAUGUGCCUAGUUUGUUUUGUCACAAUCUAUAGUCUUUCUUACACUGAAGUCCUCAUUAGAUGCUGCUGGCAAUGGAAGGGAGUCUUGAAGACAAUUUUUGACUUGUGUUCAUGUUAAGGUCUCUUUGCACUGUUAACUGGAACUAAGGAGGACUGCUGAUUUUAGCAUUAAACAUACAUAAAUGAGUCUAUGCAAAACCAGAGUUGCAUUUCCUAUAUCUUGUACCUGUUUUGAAUUUGGAGGGAGCUCUUUGCUAUUCGGCAAACUCAUUGGGGACUCAUAUUUCAUAAUAAUAGUUGAAUGUACGCGGAUGAAAAUUUUUCCUGAUAUAAAUAAUGUGUAUAACAGAUUCCCUUUUUGUGCCAUUUCAGAACAAUCAAGUUAUUGGUUCUUCUAGAAUAGUUUCUGAAAGUCCAGAAUACCACAUUUGGGUAUUUCUAAUGUUUCAUCACUCAUUUUUGUAUGUAGCUGUUGAAAAAUCACUCUUGCACCUUUACAUACUGUGAGUUUAUUGGUCUUCUGUCUUGCAUUUCUGAUGUCAAUGACCUCAUAAUAUUGUAUACAGUAGUCAUAAAGAAUAUAAAAUUAGAACAUUUAAAGUCUUUAAAAUGAGCAAGACUUUCCUGUUCAAGUCAUUGUUUUAUGCAUUCCAUUUCCAAAUAAAAGACUUGGCAUACGGGA